UUUCUCCAGACUUGCGCACGUAGACCUAAUGGAGCCAUCAUGAGCACUCUGACCUCCCCGCUCCAGCGCGCCCGGCAGAACUGACUUCCCUUAUGGCUAUGUAUGAUGAGGACAUUCUGAACAACGCUUUCUACCUGGCCGUCCACAAGCAGAGGCCCGACCUCAUCGACAAGGUUGCAGAAGUUCACGGCAUUGUUCUGGUGCCUUGUAAGGGGAGCAUAACGAGCAGUUUAUUCGCUGGCUGCUACUUUGAAUCAUAUGUUCUGAAACCCAACGAAGGAGGCUUUCUGACCGAGGAUGGAAAGGAGGUUUUUAUUCAGGGGACCCAGGUCAAGUUGGGCACUGGUUUCGCCUUCUCUCUCUCCAUACCCAUCCUGUUUGAGGAGACCUUCUACAAUGAUAAGGAGCAGAGUUUCAGUGUCCUGUGCAUUGCCCGGUCACUAGAAAAAGAUGAGAAUCCAGAUCAACCUACCACUGCACCGCCCAAUACCUGCACUUUAAAAAACAUCGAGGAUGUGAGGGAAUUCCUGGGGAAACACACCGAUCGAUUCGACAAAAACAUCACCUCAUUCCGCAACGCGUUUAAAGUCCACGAAAGGAGGAGUCUUCGGCAUUAUAUUGACUCUGUUAAUGCCCUUUACACAAAAUGCCUCCAGCAUUUGCUCCGAGACUCACACUUGAGGUCUAUUGCCAAGCAAGAGGGUCAGAUGAAUUUGAUGAAGCAAGCAGUGGAGAUGUAUGUGCACCAUGGAAUUUAUGAUAUCAUCUUCAAACAAGUGGGGACCAUCGAGGCAAGUGAGGAUGCCGCCUUCAACAAGAUUACCAGGAGCCUCCAAGACGUCCAGCAGAGGGAUAUCGGGGUUAAGACAGAGUUCAGCAUUAACAUUCCCCGGGCGAAGCGAGUUCUUGGCCAGCUGAACCGGUGCACAUCCCCGCAGCAGAAGCUCAUUUGUCUCAAGAAGGUCGUCCACACCAUAAUGCAGUCACCAAGCCAGAGAGUGAACAUGGAGACUAUGUGUGCAGAUGACCUCCUGUCUGUGCUGCUUUACUUGCUUGUGAAGACGGAGAUUCCUAACUGGAUUGCAAACUUGAGUUAUAUCAAGAACUUCAGAUUCUGCAGUACAGCCAAGGAUGAACUGGGUUACUGUCUGACCUCUUUUGAGGCCGCUAUUGUAUUCAUCCGGCAAGGAAACCUUUCUGCGACAGCAGCGGAAUCUGAGGGGAAUGAUAAAUCGUUCUUAUGGCAGAGGAUGAACUUGAUGUCCAAAGUCCCAUCCGCGCCCAUCGACUGCUUGUUCAAGCACAUCGCCUCCGGGAAGCGGCAAGAAGUGGAGACGAUGCUGAACCAAGGCGAGACUGACGAACAGGCUGUACAAAAGAUGUGUCACCCUCUCUGCUCCUGUGACAGCUGUGACAAGUUGGCUUCUGGGAAGUUAAAUGAUACGUCAAUCGUCACUCCUUUAUCUCGAGACGAUCGGGGUUACACCCCCCUUCACAUCGCAGCCAUCUGCGGACAGUAUUGGUUCAUUGAUCUGCUGAUCUCUAAAGGAGGAGUGGUUAACGCCACGGAUUACCACGGGUCUACACCACUACACCUGGCAUGCCAGAAGGGCCACCAGAAGAUAGCGCUGCUUUUGUUACACUAUAAGGCAAGUCAGGAUAUCCAGGAUAACAAUGGGAACACACCUCUGCAUCUGGCCUGCACAUACGGACAUGAAGAUUGUGUGAAGGCUUUAGUCUACUGUGACGUGAACCUGUGCAGAAUGGACUGUGUGAAUGAGAAGGGGGACACGGCUCUGCACAUCGCUGCCCGCUGGGGGUAUCAGGGGAUUAUCGAAGUCUUACUACAGAAUGGAGCCAGCACCAGCAUCCCAAACAGGAGGAAGGAGACCCCUCUGCAGUGUGCACUGAACUCCAAGAUUCUGUCCAUCAUGGAGACGGUUCACACUGACAUCAGCAGCAUGAUCCUGUCGCCCUGUAGUCAGAUAUUGGGAGCGUGCAUGGAAGGGUGGCUCCAUACGACCCUGCUAGGGAAAGGAACCAGAAACAGGAAAGUUGAGAAGCUUCUAAGAGCCGUUUCGGAUGGUGAUUUAGAGAUGGUGCGAUACCUCUUGGAGUGGGUGGACGAUGACUAUGAGGAUGACUUGGAAGAUUCCUUGCCGGGGCAGAAAGAGUUCUGCCACCCACUGUGCCAGUGCCGGACCUGCGGUCCUGUUCAGAAGAAGCUGAGCAAGAUCCCUUCCAAUGGCCUCGGUGUCAACGUGACCAGCCAGGAUGGUUUCACUCCUGUCCAUAUAGCUUCACUACACGGUCACAUCGUCCUUGUGUCCCUUCUGCUAAAACACGGGGCUCGGGUGGAUGCCAAGAAUGGUACCCGUGCCAUAGCUCUUCACCUCGCCUGCCACAAAGGACAUCUGGAGGUGGUGAAGAUCCUGAUGGAGUACAGCACGGGGAAGAAUAAGAAGGAUAUAAACGGCAAUACACCUCUUAUCUAUGCCUGUAUGGGAGGCAAUCUGGAAAUUGCAGCACUAUUACUGGAGCGUGGAGCGUCUGUCAAUCUCUGCAAUGUGAAAGGGAACACAGCACUACAUGAGUCUGUCCGCAGGAACCAUGAGGAGUUAGUGAGGCUACUUCUGUUAUACGGGGCGGUGGUGGACAUCAGGAAUAAGCGGCAGUACUCCCCUUUGGACUAUGCAAAAGAGAACUCUAAAAUCAAGCAGCUUCUUCUCUCUGCACCCCACAGUGCAGCAGCAGAUAACGGGUCAGUGACAUCACUGGAGCAGUCACAGCAUAUUAGAAAGAAAUCCCCAAAUUCCAGCCUGACAUGUUCAGUAUCGCCUUCUUCAUCCGGACAGAGUAAUGCUUCACAACCCAAAUGUACAAGCGUGAAAAAGCCGAUCCGCAGGGAUCAGAGCAUGCCGAACUUUGACGAGGAUUUAAUCCAUCAGCUCUCCAUCCACAGACUAGAAGACAGUCCGGGGACAUCGGACUCUAGGAGCUGCAUCGAAUUCAAGGAAGGCUGUAAAGCGGACGAGCCGGACUCUGCGUCAAAGACCAGCAAGCUGGCGGCCAGAAGGCACAGCCUCAACGUGGCCUGCGCUAUAGACAGCGAGGAGACCACCAGUGACAUCAGCGACACGGUGACAGACAUCAGCUCUCCGCUGUCCGAAACGUGCGGGCAGGACUCAGACGACGACGACGAGGAGGCGUGCACCCGAGAGCUGGCCGACAUGAACUUACUCACUGGCCCCGGGGCUGCAAACGACACCCCGAAAAUGGACGACCUGGACUGCUCCGGGGGGGCGGAGUGCUGCUGCGUAGCUUGCACAUUGGCUCUGGAAUCCUCCUGGUCCGUGGUGGGUUCCUGCAGCCCGCGUACGUGCGAUGAAGACUGCAUCCGGUUCAGUACUUAGCACUGUGGCGGCACGACGCUUUAAUGCCAAGUGUAUUGACCUCCGGCGUCUGAAGAACCUCCAGUCUCUAGCAGUCCAUGCUGGGGCUUGUAGUUCAUUGACGGCUGAGGGACUAGGCUGUAGGGCUCACUUUACUGCUGCUGAAGUUCACCCAGGGAAUGUCCUGGUUUUCCUUAUAUGAUGAUGCGAGAUCUGUAGCUCGUUGUGGAGAAGUCCU